GAAAAUGAGUAAAUCAUUUGUGACUUUUUGAAGGUCAUUCAUUCUCAACUUCAAACUGGUCAUGAAAAUUUGAUAACCUUUCACAUUUCAAUCCCUUAAGUGGGCAAAACAUAUCAUAUACACAUAUGUAUGUACAUUAAAGGAACUUUUGAAAAGAACUUUUAUCUGUUUCUUAUAGGGAUUCAUUAUGUUCAUCAACGAAAAGACCGCCCUCUCUUCUUCCCGCGUCCUGCUGGUCCCAUACUGCAAACACCAUGUGCCGCGCUACCAUGAGUGGAUGAAGGAUCUGGAAAUCCAACAAGCCACCGCCUCCGAACCCUUAGCCCUCGAAGAGGAAUAUGCCAUGCAAGCCAGCUGGCGUACCGACGCGGAUAAAUUAACCUUUAUAAUCUGCCUACCGGUCCAUGAAACAUUUUCUUUAUCACCAUCCGCAUUACCAGCUCGGAUUGCUACAGACAUCAACGUCAGCCCGCCCGCAGAGUCAUCAGGUACUACGAGAGCACUCGCUGACCCAUGUUUGGAUGCCCCAGAGUCAAUGCUGGGAGACGUGAAUCUGUUUUUGAGAUUAGAUGAGGAGGGCGAGGAGGAGGGUGGCAACGACCAUGGUAUUGUUUCUGCUGCCAACCGCGGCGGCGCAAGAGUCGUUGGCGAAAUAGAACUUAUGAUUGCAGAGAAAGCGAAGCAGGGUAAAGGGUUUGGAAAGGCAGGGCUGGUAUGUUUUUUGAAGUAUAUUGCGGAUCAUGAGAGGGACAUUGUGAGGGGGUUUGUUUCUUCCUUACCGUCGUCCUCUGCGCCUGUUUCUGGCGGUGUGUCUUGCGGUCAUACUGCCGAUGAUGCGAGACGGGAUGAGGCGCAAGUAGGAAAAGUGGUAGGGGAGAAGCUAGCAUAUCUGUCCGCUAAGAUUGGAGCGGAUAAUGUGCGGAGUUUAGCCUUGUUUGAGAGCUUGGGGUUUAGGAAGGUGUCUGAUAAGCCGAAUGUGUUUGGGGAGGUGGAGUUAAGGAGGGAAGGUUUCAGGGGGAUUGAAGGGGGGGAGUUGUUGAGAAGGUGUGGGGUGGAGGAAUGCACUGAGAUGAGAUAUGAGCGGUGAUGGGGCGAUUAGGGUUCUUACGGUCACUUCAAAGGUUUCUUAAGAGAGAAAUAUAGACAAAGUGAGCCAGUGGGCUUCACGACGAUGUUAAUAUUGGCAUGAUAUCAAUGAGAUCGCGAAUCGCUUUAGACAGCAAUAACUGUAUAUACGGAAGAUGGCCUGACAGGCGCAGGUGUUCCAGAGGCCUUGUCAAUGGCAAGAAGAAGCAUCCCCAAAUGAGGUCAUCCGGGUUAAUGUCAAGUACGACUAAAUGGCAUCAGCCAGUGUUACACCGACAGGCAUUCCACGAGCUCAUAAAAUGAGAAGUAAAUAGAUAAAAGAGGUAUAUAAAGAGGCAAAAUUUUAUAAGAAACCAUGG